AUGUCUAAUAUUCAAAACCCUUACCAUCAUCUAUUGCACAAGAGACUUUCUGACACACAGAAAGAGCUGAUUUUAGAGCUUCAUCGAGCCGGAAUGGUUGAUGCCGGCAUUUCAACUAACCUCGACAUCCCUACACGUACAAUUAGCCGCCUUGUAACAAAAUAUGAGACAACAGGGUUCGUAGAGUACAAAAGCUGCCCAGGAAGACCCAGGCUUCUCACACCCAGAAAAGAGCCCUUUCUUCUCUCAAUUAUCAAGAAAGAUCACCAAAAAAUUCUGGCAGAAUUGGCCCAGAAUCUAAAGGAGGAAACAGGAAAAUCGGUCAGUAAUAAAACUAUUAGCAAGGCUCUGGACAGAAUGGGUGUGCGCUAUUCUACACCCUCUAAGUUAAUUAAAGAAUCUACACUGACAUCUGAAUAUUCGAAAAUAUGA